AGCUCGAUUCGACCAUGCGUGGACACAGGAAUUAAAAGGAAAUUUAAAAUGCUACUUAUUCCAUAUCAUAGCGUCGAGAAUUCGAGAUAGCGUGCUCGCAGUAACAUUUCGGAUCCUAACAUAGGGUUUAUUUCCGUUUUACACUGUCAUUUUAUCCUUUUAUUUAAUAUUUGAUGAACAACAAGGAUUAAAUGAUACAUCAUGCUCAUCAUACAGAAAUUGGAACGCAUCCAUUAGUUACCAGCAAGUUGUUAUCACUAUUUAAAGUUUAUUGUGAAGACAUCAAUCAGCAUCAAUUUGCUAUCAGAUGUGGAUUGACAACAACUUGAUUGGUACGAUCUGGUAACAAUAAAUUUCAUGAUUUGCUGUUUGGGAGGAAACCACUUUGAAGAAGAGGCUAGACUGAAAUUGGAUAAAUAUUCAAAUUGUUGUAGGCAUAAUCCAAUUUCUCUUUCAUUGAUCUAUGUAGACUAUAUAUAGCUGUCAACAAUUGAGGUUCAAGAAAAACAAUGCACAACGGAAAUUAAUAAGUACAUUGAAACUUUACACUUAUGAAGCCAAGGUUAUAUGGAUAUACACCAACAUUAUCUAAAAAUCCAAAGAAUUUUUUUGGUAGCAUAUUCUGAUAUGUUAUAUAAUAAAACUAUGGAUAUCCCAACUAUAAAGAAAAAAAGCAAUAAAAAAUCAAUGAAACAUAUCAAUCAGGAAGAAUCAGAAAGUAAAUUUAUUAGCAAUGAAUGUUAUAUAUCGGAUUAUGUUACAAAGGAGGCAACAAAGUUAUCUAGCACUGUAGCUCAAUCAGUGGCAACACAAAUUAAUUGCAAAAUUUGUAAACAUUUGUUAUUUGAUACUAAUAAGUCAAUUACCAAAAAUAAUUCAAUUGAGGAGUCAGUUAGAAAACAAGGAAAGGAGAAAAAAGGAGAAUGCGAAAAAAAAGUUGGAAAAAAUGAGGAAAAAAGAAAAUGUAACUGUAACAUGUCUGUAGCAUCCAAUGAUGUAGUUAAAAUUUGUUACAUUGCAGAAACAAUAAUAAGAGGACAUCUAAAAAUAUUAAAAGUACAAUAUCCAAUAAAAAAACUCAUUAAAGUCGCUUUUACUUAUGUAACAUCAGAUAUAUUCGAUAAUGUAUUACAUAUGUUGACACAAAAACCAUUACAGGAUCAUAGGACAAACUUAAUAAAUCUUAUUUUAGAUAUAUAUUUCCGUUUAAGAGUGCAAAAAAUAUGUGAUUCGGGAAUUAGAACGUAA